AUGGCGGGAUCGGCGGUGGCGGUGGGCGGCGGGAAGUCGGAGGAGGAGCUGCGGCGCGAGAUCGAGGAGAUCGAACGGCAGCAGGCGCAGGUGGAGGACAGUUUGCGCACAAUCACCUCGCGACUUCCCCCCAGCAUAAGGCGCACGCUGCCGCCCGCUCCCCCCGCCAUCCGCGGACAGUCGCUCCGCGCGCCCCGUCGCUUCCCGUACCCCGGAGGCGCCUCCGACCCCGCAGGCGGCGGCGGCGGUCGCGCUGGCGGGCUGUCGUUCGCGCGGCGCACACAGUCCGAUGCCGCGUUGCCGGACGGUGACGUGGCAGGGGGCACCAAGAGACGGCGGCUGAUGUCAGCAGUGACUCGGGUGGGGCCGGACGGGGAGCCCAUCGACCCAAUCGAACCGCGCCGCACCACUCACGACGUGCCCGCAGACACCACCGCUCCUCCCCCUCCGCCUGCACCUGCCUCCGCGCCCCCAUCCUCCCCGGGCGCGCUUCCUCUGCCCGCCCAUGAGCCUGCGCCCGCCCCUCCGCGCCCAGUGGUGCAGCUGGACCCCGUGGCCCGGCGCCGCCACCGCAACAUGUUGGGAGCACUGCUCGUGGGCACACUGCAGAGGGCGCGGGAGGAGGAGGAGAGGGAUGCAGAGCUGCUGGCGCGGAGGGCGAUGAUCCAACAGAAGGCAGAGCAGCGAGUGGCGGAGCAGAGUGAGCGGUUGAAGGAGCAGGAGAGGGAGAGGAUUCUGCAGCAGCGCAAGAGAGACCUCGUGCUGAGGGCGCGGCUGAUGGCCAAGGCGGAGGAGAAGGAGGUGCACCUGCUGGCACGCCACUGGCAGCGCCACCGCUCUCGGCUCUCGCACUUCAUCCGCACGCAGGCCUCGCCACCCAUCAUGUACCUGCCCGCUCGCCCCUCGCCAGCCACUGACAAGCUACUGCAGGCACAGGCGCAGAGCUUGGAGGAGUGGCAGCAGCAGCAGGAGCGCGAGGUGCAGCAGCUGGUGGCCGACUCGCUGCAGCGCCACCUGGCGGAAGCUGAUAGGCUCAUGCUGCCUCAGGGCGGUGAUGAGGGGCAGGCAGUGGGGGGAGGGGAAGCAGGGGGGGGUGAAGGGGGGGGAGGAGGUGAGGUGGUGGCCGGAGGUGAGGUGGUGGAAGGCAUAAAGGCAACCAAGGGAGAGAAGGGUGCAGGAUCUGAUUCUGAUGAUCAGAGGAUGAAUUCAGUUGAGGGUGGGGGAGAGGAGAGGGACGAGAGGAAAGAGGGGUCUAGUGAAGUGCGGGUGAAGGAAGAGAAGGUAGCAGACCCUGAUGGUGAGCCGCUGAACGAGGCGGGUGUGGAUGGGGAGGGGAAGGGGGAGGGGCUGGAAGAAGAGAACAGGACUGGCAAGGGCAGUGGAGGGGGUGGUGAGGAGAGCAGUGGUGUGCAGCAGCAGCAUGCAGAGGAGGCGAGUGGUGGGAAGGGUGGAGCAAGGGAGGAGGGGCUGAGAGAUGAUUAUCGAGGGGAUGAGGUAAAGGAGGAAGGUGUGGAGGAGAGGGGUGAAGAGGCGAGGAGGGAGAGGGGGGCGGGGGGAGACAAGGGCAGGGAGAAAGCAGGUGAGGGCAGGGAGAAGGGAGGUGAGGUCAGGGAGAAGGGAGGUGAGGGCAGGGAGAAGGGAGGUGAGGGCAGGGAGAAGGGAGGUGAGGGCAGGGAGAAGGGAGGUGAGGGAAGGAGGAGGUCACCUGAGCGGCGCUCGCCGGGGCGCCGCGUCCCUCGCACCCGCUCCCCGCACUCCCGCUCCCCUCAAAGGCGUUCUUCUCAGAGGAAAGGCACUGAGAGGCGCUCAGGUGGCAGCCCCUCCAGCAGCUCCAGUGGUGGACGUGAGGCCUCGAGGCACAGGGGGUGA